GUGUAACACGCCCGGUCCUCAGCCUAUAUAACAGCUGCCUGCAGCACAGAAACACAUGUUGCAUUCAACCAAACAUGAAUACUUUCAAUCUGUGUAUAUUAGUGAGCCUGGCUGUUGCAGUUUACUGCGUGCCAAUAUCGCAUGUUACUGGGCGAGAUGAGGAUUUUGCAGAGAGCUACCUGAAGAAAUUCUUCAACCUAACAGAGGAGAAAGGUCCAACUAGCAGACGGGGGAUCAGCCAGGUGAGCAGGAAGCUGAGUGAGAUGCAAAAGUUCUUCGGCCUCCAGAUCACCGGGACGCUGGAUGCCGACACCAUGGCGGUGAUGAAGAAGCCCCGCUGUGGCGUCCCAGACACCAACAUUGCAAGGUUCUCCACGUUUGGAAGUAACCUCAAGUGGGAGAAAAACAGCCUUACCUACAGGAUAGAGAACUACACACCUGACAUGUCUGUGGCAGAGAUAGAUGACUCCAUAGAGAAAGCUCUGCAGGUUUGGGCCAAAGUCACUCCUCUGAGAUUCACAAGAAUCUACAGUGGCAUCGCUGACAUCAUGAUCUCCUUUGGCCGCCAAGAACAUGGUGAUUUUUACCCCUUUGAUGGCCCUGAUGGCACACUUGCCCAUGCCUUCGCCCCAGCCCCUGGCAUUGGGGGAGACGCUCAUUUUGAUGAUGAUGAGUCCUUCACUUUCCGCUCAAAUACCGGCUACGUCCUCUUCAUGGUGGCUGCCCAUGAGUUUGGCCACUCCCUGGGCUUGUCUCACUCUGAUGAUCCUGGUGCUCUCAUGUACCCUGUGUACUCUUACAAUAACCCAGAGACCUUUGUUCUGCCCCGGGAUGAUGUCAACGGCAUCCAGUCUCUCUAUGGUCCAAACCCUGAUACGGAUGGAGAUAAAGAUAAACCUCAGCCCCCCACCACCCCUGAUGUCUGUGAUUCAACCAUGGUCCUGGAUGCUGUCGCCACCCUGCGAGGAGAGAUGCUCUUCUUCAAAGACCGUUUCUUCUGGAGGAGCUACCCUCAGAGCAAUACACCCGAUCAAAGUCUCAUUACAAACUUCUGGCCCAAUGCCCCCACCAACAUUGACGCUGCUUAUGAAAGCCAACAGUCAGACAGAGUCCUUCUCUUUAAAGAUCAGAGAGUGUGGGCUUUCAGCGGUUAUGAUCUUGUGAGGGGCUAUCCUAAAGCAAUUUCCAGUUUUGGUCUGCCCAGAAGUGUAAAGAAAAUCGACGCGGCCCUCUACGACGCUGAGACCAGCAAGACUCUGUUCUUUGUAGGCAGCUCUUACUACAGUUAUGAUGAGGCCAAGAAGACCAUGGACCAGGGAUUCCCCAAGCAAGUGGAUCAGACGUUCUCGGGCCUGACCACCAAGGUGACUGCUGCUUUCCAAGUCAAUGGUUUUACUUACAUCUACAGCGGACCGUACAUGUUUGAGUACAGCCUGAGGACCGGGAGGUUGUUCCGUGUGUUGAGGAACAGCUACUUCCUGCGCUGCACUAACUUCUAGAGCAGUUUAAUGGCCAAGCUGCUUAUGUAGCCACUCUGAGUGAGAAUGAA